AGAUGCCGUGACUGAACCGGAGUCAGUGUGUGUACAGAAUUGAACCAAUUUAGUUUUAGCAACAUGAACUUUCGGUUUCAAUACACCAGAAAUGAGCAGCACAGGGUCUUCUUGGUUUUCCAGUGGAUUAGCGUUGAUUAAUCCAAACACAUGGAGGUUCACAAAGGAAAAGAAGGGUAGAGCUCUCCGAGAGCAAAUCAAUGCAAUCUCUCGGUCUUCUGUCCUAGAUGAGGCAGACAUUGAUGAUGCUCAAAUCCUUACUUUGACAAGAGAGGAUCUGAAUGAGCUUUUUCCUGGUAUUAGGAACUUUCAGCUCAGAAGGACAAUUAUGACACUAAUCACAGACACAGUGAAGGAUUCACCUCAACAUGGCCCAGAAACACUGGCCGGUGCACUGAAGCUUUUAAUGCACAAAAACAAAAACCAUGAUGCUGCUGUACAGGAUGUUUUGAAGGAGUCUCUCCGAGCGUUUAGACAAAUGGAGGAUCAGCUCAAAGCAGCACAGGCUUCGUUGAAACCGUACAUUGAGGUCUUGAACAGUCUCACCGAGGCAUCCACUAGAAGAGAGGACUGGGAUAAAGAGGGAACGUCAAGCAAGAGAACAUUUCCAACAGAUAUGAACUCUCCAACCAUGCAGACUCACUCGUUCGAACCUUCGGUCAGAGUACAUCCAUUUGUUUGUGGUCGAACCUUGGGAACGGACAAGCAAAUUCUUGCCCAGCUCAAGGGGGUUAAAGAGAGUGAUUUAUGGGACUGUCAGUUGAUCCUGGCCUUCAGUCCCGUGACAUCACGAGCUGGAACUGACACUGAAGAAGCAUUGAAGAAAAUUCCAGCUGAUAAACCAGCAGUACUGGUGACAAUGCACCAUACCUUCAGCCCUACCUAUGUGUGUCCCAGCUUAAAUCUAGCAUCUUCUCAAGUGAACAUUGUGGAACAUGUUCACGUGCUCUUCCAUGACUCGUAUCACGGUCUUCUUAGGUGUCCAGCAAAUGAAAAUGCAAUGGCCAAACUUCAGUUUGUCUUAAACCAGUACAUGUAAACAGUCU